AUAAAGUGUGACUUGGUGUUAAAAGUUUUAUAUAUAUGCUGACAAAUCAGUGAAGCAUAACUGACAUAACAAUGGAGUUUCCAAUUAUCACUCUCAGAAACAUUCCUGCAAUUCACAGGAUUUUACUACUAGCCGUAGUGAUUCUAACGGCGUUAGGCAACGUUCACGGCCGUCAUAAAGUACACAAAUGGGAAACAAUAGAGUACUCCGCCAUAAGUUGCAGAGCACACACCGCUUGGUUGACGGAUUUUGGUGGAGUUGGUGACGGAACGACGUUGAACACUAAUGCUUUUAAAACUGCCGUUGAUCACUUGAGUCAGUUUCAAUCAGACGGUGGUUCGCUGCUGUAUGUACCCGCCGGAAAAUGGUUGACGGGGAGUUUUAAUUUGACUAGCCAUUUUACUCUGUAUUUCGACAAAGAUGCCGUUCUUCUCGCCUCUGAGGAUGAAAAUGAUUAUCCGGUGAUUGCACCGCUGCCAUCCUACGGUCGAGGAAGGGAUAAUGACGGAGGUAGAUUCAUUAGUCUUAUUUUUGGAGCCAACCUCACCGAUGUUGUCAUCACAGGGGAAAAUGGAACAAUUGAUGGUCAAGGGCAGCUAUGGUGGGACAAAUUCCACAAAAAAGAACUACAAUAUACAAGGCCAUAUCUGAUAGAAAUUAUGUACUCUGAUAACAUUCAAAUCUCGAGUCUUACAUUGGUUAAUUCUCCUUCAUGGAAUGUCCAUCCUGUAUAUUGCAGCAAUAUUAUUAUCCAAGGCAUCACUAUCCUUGCACCAGUCAGAUCUCCAAAUACUGAUGGGAUUAACCCUGAUUCUUGCAUAAAUACUCGAAUAGAAGACUGUUACAUUGUCUCUGGAGAUGAUUGUAUUGCUGUUAAGAGUGGCUGGGACGAGUAUGGAGUUGCAUUUGGGAUGCCAACAAAGCAGCUCGCUAUAAGGCGAAUCACCUGCAUUUCUCCAACCAGUGCUACAAUUGCAUUAGGCAGUGAAAUGUCUGGAGGAAUUCAGGAUGUAAGAGCAGAGGACAUAGUAGCAAUCGAUACAGAAUCAGGGGUUCGAAUCAAGACUGCAGUAGGACGAGGUGGAUACGUAAAGGAUAUAUAUGUUAAAGGUGUGACAAUGAAAACCAUGAAAUAUGUAUUCUGGAUGACAGGAGAUUAUGGUUCUCACCCUGAUAACAAUUAUGAUCCGAAUGCAUUGCCUGUGAUCGACAACAUCAAUUACCGCGAUAUGGUUGCUGAGAAUGUGACCAUUGCUGCUAAGCUUUCAGGAAUUUCUGGUGAUCCAUUCACUGGAAUUUGCAUAUCAAAUGUCACGAUUGAGUUGGCGCCUAAAGCAAAGAAACUGGCUUGGAAUUGUACAGAUAUUUCGGGGAUUUCAAGUGGUGUGGUUCCUCAGCCUUGUGAGUUGUUGCCAGAUCAGGGAACAGAGAACGUUGCGCCCUGUAAUUUCCCAACAGAGAACUUACCAAUUGAUGAAAUGAAAGUUCAGACGUGUUACUGCAGGAAGAAAAUAUAUUAACACAUCAAGGCAUAGAAGGAUGAUCAUAUUAUAAUCAGUCAAAUCAUUCUGUUGCUUACACCUCUUAACUGUGGAUGAUAUACACUAGCCAUGCGAAUAUCUGUAACUUUUACAUAUUUUUAAAUGCUACUAUCAGUUAUUGCAGCCAAAAUUUCAAGGACAAAUCAUAGCAAGAAGAUUGUUGGUGAAUA